ACACCGUGUGAAUUAUCAACGUCGAGCGGUUUGAAAAAAAAAAAACGAAUAGGUAGGUAGGUCGAGUUUUUAUUUAUUUAUUACUUCAUAGUUUCGGUGUGACACUCGUCCGUGUUUACUGUUCGGUAUGCCGUUCGUGGACGUCGAAGACCGUCGUGCCCGAUGAAUAUAAUAUUUGAUUUGUCAAAUCGAAGAAUGUGAUUUACAUAAAUUAUUCGAAUGGCUGUUGCUAGUGCAUGCAUUACAACGUUCAGUUUGCGUCCGGCCGCUGUCGCGCGUGCGAUGUCGGAACUGUCUUAGAGUCUGUUGCUUGUGUUUAUUGUUUAUUCUAUUUUCUAUUCUUAUAGUCCAAACCCGCGCAAAUUCGUCCGUUAUCGUCGUCCGACUGCUUUGCUCGGAUUUAUUUAUUUGUUUUUUUUUCCGUUAACGUUUUACCUACCUACCUAUCUGUAUCGUAGUAUAUUCGCGCAGAGCUCGAAGAACAUUUUCUACGACCGCGUGUGCAAACUGGUGGUUCAGACAUGGACACCGUUAAGGAUUGCGUCGAUUACCUAAAAGACCCGGAGCUGGUCGCUCGUUUUCAAAGGUCUUUCGGAGUGAUGCGGUAUGACCCGUCGGAAAACGGUGCUGCCAUUCCGUCUCUGGACAAUGGCGAGUCCAAGACCAGCAACGGUAAUACGGUGCGCAAGAUAAACGAAAUCGAUCAUGUCACCAACAAGUUUUGGUAUUACUUGUUUUUAUUUGGCACGUACCUCGGCGAUGAAAUUGGAUACGCUAUCGUCAUACCAUUCUUGAUAUGGAACAUAGAUUCGGCGGUUGCUAGGAAAAUGGUGCUCGUCUGGGCGGUCGUUAUGUACAUUGGCCAGUCCAUUAAAGACAUAGUACAGUGGCCAAGACCGCAAUGUCCCCCAGUCAUUAGAUUGCAAACAAAAUGGUCUAUUGAAUAUGGAAUGCCAUCAACUCAUGCUAUGAUUAGUAUUGCGUUGCCAUUUUCUGUUUUCUAUUACAUUUCAAAUCGAUAUCAAAUCGACUGCAACAUUGGUAUCCUAAUAGUAUUGCUAUGGUGCAUGUUAAUUUCGCUUAGUCGUUUAUAUUUGGGUAUGCACACAGUUUUGGAUGUGAUUGCUGGCCUGUUAUUAGCUACUGUUUUGUUGAUUCCAUUUGUACCAUUGGCUGAUGUAUUAGACCGUUAUCUUAUGUAUAGUAAUUGGACACCAUUGAUAUUUAUUGUUGUUACUGUGAGCUUAAUACUCAUUUACCCAACUAGUGAUCAGUGGACACCUACCAAGGGCGAUACAACUUUAAUUUUAGGAACUUGUGCGGGUAUAUUGACUGGAGGUUGGUUGCUUGUCAAAUUAGGUAUACAGGAUGAUAUUCGUGUUAUGAACCCUAUAAAUAAUUCUAUAAGUUGGCCUUCAAUUAAUGAUUUAGGUGUGAUUGUGAUCAGAAGUGGUUUGGGAUAUAGUUGCAUAGUCAUGUUUUUCUUAAUUAUUAAGUACUUUCUGUGUAUUAUUGAUAAAAUUUUAAUAAAAAGUGGUAUGAAAAUAAUUGACGAUGUACUGAAGAGGCAUAUUCCUUUGUUAGAUAUUACAUACAAAUAUUUGACAUUUUACUUGGUAUCUUUCAAUAUUAUAGUUUUGAUACCAUUCUUGCAAAACUUGCUAUUUGUAUCAAGAGAGUCAUUUUACCAUGAAGCUAAGUAGUUAAUUUAACUUAAUAUUAUGGCCCGUUACCACCUUAUUUAUGUAAAUUACAUACAUGUACGCUUUAAUAUAUGUCCUUUAAUGAUACUUAUUCCUUAAGUUCUUAAGUUCAAUAAUUGUGUUUUAUAUUUUAUUUAACUGUAUCUCAUUUUGAACAAAAUAUUUGUCAACAGUCAAUUUAAGAAUAUUAUGAGUUCAUUAUUAUAUAAAAUUUCCAACUUUAAUUUAAUUGUUAUUAUUGUAAAAUUAAUACUAAAAUUGUUUAUAUUUGAGUAAUAUAAUUUUAUAUCAAUUUUUUUUUUGUGUAUAUAUCUUAGUAAUACUAAUAAUUAAGAAGACCAUGCACCAAAAAGUAAAAAUUACAAUACACUGUUUGAAACAUAUACAUAUUCUACUAAGACAGUGCACAAAUUAAUUAAAACAUAAUGUUACAAAAUUAUGCUGUAUAAUAUAUUAUUAUUAUUUAUGA